AGAAAACAGCAGCACCAAAGUCAUUCUCGUGUUGAAACUGGAGAGGAGUGACAUUGUUCUAUCUGAAAGAUGUACACACAAUGGAUUUGGAUCAUCACCCUCUCUCUCUGUACAAUGGGGGUUUAUGGAGGAAAGAUUCUUGUGUUCCCCAUGGAUGGGAGCCACUGGGUGAACAUGAACAUCAUCGUCGAGGCCUUGCACACACGAGGUCACCAGAUUACUGUUGUGCGAUCACAAGACAACUGGUACAUCAAAGAAACCUCCCCGUUCUACACUUCAAUCACACUUAAAAUGGAGUCUGGAUUUGAUGAAGACUUUAUAACAAAUUUUGCAUCAAAUCUGCUGGAGAUGCAGAGGGGGGGGAGGUCUGCCUGGGCACGCUUUAAGUUGGAAAGGGAACAAGCACAAGCUGGUGCAGAGAUGCAUGAGAAAACAUCUAAAAUGAUUGCGCAACUUCUUGAAAACAAAGAUUUGAUACAGUCAUUCUUGGACACCAAAUAUGAUCUGGUCCUCACAGACCCUGUUUUUCCAGCAGGAGCUAUAGUUGCACGCUACCUGAAGUUGCCCCUUGUUUUUAAUGUCAGGUGGACAAGUAAUGGAGAAGGCCAUUUUUUAAUUGCACCCUCUCCUCUUUCUUAUGUACCCAUACCGGGAACAGAGCUUUCAGAUAAGAUGAGCUUUUUUCAGAGAGUUCUUAAUGUUCUUGUUUUUGGAUUUUCAGAGUUUCAAAUUGAAUACCUUGUUGUACCAUUUUACAAUGACCUAAUAAACAAGUAUUUAGGUCCAGAUGUAGACUAUCGUUCCCUGUUUCAGGCUGCUGACUUGUGGCUCAUGAGAGUGGACUUUGUCUUUGAGUUCCCGCGUCCCACCAUGCCUAAUGUCAUAUACAUGGGAGGCUUUCAGUGUAAACCAGCAAAACCUCUCCCUGAACACCUGGAGGAGUUUGUGCAAAGUUCUGGAGAGCAUGGAGUCAUCAUCAUGUCUCUGGGGACACUGAUUGGGGAGCUUCCUCAGGAUCUCAGUGACGCAAUUGCUGCAGCUUUUGCCAAGCUACCUCAGAAAGUCAUCUGGAGACAUGUAGGUGACAAACCAGCUGGUCUGGGCAACAACACUCUGCUGGUGGACUGGAUGCCACAGAAUGAUCUUUUAGGACAUCCAAAGAUUAAACUCUUUGUGGCUCAUGGAGGAACAAAUGGGGUCCAAGAAGCAUUGUACCACGGAGUUCCCAUUUUAGGAGUACCAUUGAUUUUUGAUCAGCCUGAUAAUCUGUUCAAAAUUGAGUCAAAAGGAGCAGGGAAGAUCAUAGAUAUCUUUACCAUGGACGAAGAAAUCUUCUACCAAGGAAUCCAGGAAGUCCUGACUGAUCCCUCCUACAGGAUGAACAUGCAGAGACUCUCCAGGCUGCACAGAGAUACUCCCAUGAAGCCACUGGACAACGCCCUCUUCUGGAUAGAGUUUGUCAUGAGACACAAAGGUGCAGCUCACCUGAGAACAGAGUCCUAUAAGAUGCCCUGGUAUGCCUACCACUCAGUUGAUGUCAUUUUAUUCCUGACUGGAGUUUUGCUUCUUAUACUUGUAACUUCUUUCACACUUUUCAGGUGUCUGUUAAAUAAAAUGUGCAAGAAUAAAGUGAAAAAGGAAUAA